AAUUGCCACUAGCAUGGUCAACUCAAUGUUACAGCUAUAAUGGCGGACGCGGCUCUGGAUCUCUCUGCCAAGUCAACGGCGGUGACAAAUUCCGGUGACAGUGUCCGCCGUCCUUUCCCGUACGAUACCCCGCCGUCGCCUCGUACACCCCUCAAGAAAAGUUACAAAUUCGACGCCGACGACAACGACAGCGAUUCGUCGGCACCCAGGUCGUCCAGAAAGCCGGUGUCGGGACCCGUCACAAGCAGCAUACGCGAUUCGCCGUGUUCAGUCUCAGACACGAUUAAUGACAAAAAUGAUUCGCUUCCGUCAUCGCCGUCAACUCCUAGCUCCGCCGGCAGACCGUUCAAAUCCUAUGCAAUGGACUCAAUGGCUUCUGUGUUUUCGUCGCCAUCCGCAUCGCUGUUUGCGGCCUCCCCUAGCAGCGUCAUGGCGGGACUUCCGGCCGGUUUCGGCCUAUCUUCGCUGUAUGACGGCACGUCACCUUUUCCGUCCUUUCCCGUCACCCCAUUAACGUCUCAUCUCCUACAGCGGAAGCGGCGCGCCGAGAGCCGCUCUAGUAUCAGUUCCGCCAACGAUCCGAAUAGUGACGGGGAGGGGAAAAAGUUGACACACGUUCCUGAUGAAAAGAAGGAUGGCUCUUAUUGGGAACGCAGAAGAAAAAACAACGAGGCAGCUAAACGAUCUCGAGAUAAUAGAAGGCAAAAGGAAGAAGAAAUCGCGAUGCGAGCCGCGUUUUUGGAACAAGAAAAUUUGAAAUUACGUGCACAAGUGGCCAUACUAAAAAACGAAACUGCGAAACUCCAUUACAUGUUGUAUAACCGAAUAUGAUAGAAGACAGCAAAAAGAAACGCA